GAUGUGAAAGGUAAAAGUUGAUGGUAGUAGAUCUAGCUAGUUCUUAAGAAAACCGGAUGUCGAUUUUGUUGACAUUCUCAGUUAUUUCGGCUGAGGAGAAAUAUAAUUUUAGGAAUUAAAUGUGAUGUUUACUAAUGAUUAUGAUUCAUCACCACUAUAAAAAUUUUCACAAUCAUGCGCGUAAUUUUUUACUGUGGUACUCAUGACUAAAUUUUUUAUUUAAAUUCGCAGAAUUAUUUCAUCAUGAAAGCACCACUGAGGACAGUUCUUAAAAACUUUCUUGAUCAUGUUAACGAAUUAGAAUCACGAAAAAAAGAAUCUGAUGAUCAAUAUGAGAACGAAUUUCAGCAACUUAAAAAAUUAACUGAUACAUUAAAAGAAAAUGGUGAUUUCUCCUGCUCUUAUGGUUUGAAGGAUAUAAAUCGCCCAAAAAACAGAUAUAAAGACAUUGUACCUUAUGAUUUUUCCAGAGUAGUACUUCCAAAAUUUGAUGGAGUACCAGGAUCAGAUUACAUAAAUGCCAGUUACAUCAAGGGAGCUAGUGGUGCUUUUGCAUACAUUGCAGCUCAAGGUCCUCUUCCAAACACAGCAAUUGAUUUUUGGAGAAUGAUAUGGAUUUGUGAUGUCCAGGUUUUGGUUAUGGCUUGUAAUGUGCAAGAAGCUGGAAAGACUAAAUGUGAAACAUAUUGGCCUGUGAAAGGAGAAAUUAAGCAUUUUGGGAAUAUAUCAAUUGAAUUAAUUGAAACAUCUCAAGUGUGUCCAGAUUUCAUGGUGAGGACAUUACUUGUGAAAUGUGAUUCUGAAAUGAGAGAUGUUUAUCAGUUUCAUUAUACUUCUUGGCCUGAUCAUGGUGUUCCUGACUCAGUUCAUCCUAUUCUUGAAUUGGUGCGAUUAAUGAGGAAUUGCCAACCAUCUGAAACUGUGCCAAUUGUUAUACAUUGCAGUGCUGGAUGUGGUAGAACUGGUACAAUAUGUGCAGUUGACUAUGUAUGGGCCUGUCUGAGGCAAGGGAAAUUAGAUGAAGAUUUCUCAUUGUUUCAUAUAGCAUUAGAACUGCGUCGCCAAAGAAUAGCUAUGAUACAAACCAAGGAACAAUAUAUGCUUGCUCAUAGAGCUGUUGCUACUAUGUUUGAGCAACAGCUGAAUGUUAUAGAUAAUCAUACAUAUGAAAAUAUUGAUGAAGAUGGUGAACCUCUAAUGUGGAAAGAGUUGAUGAAGAAUAAAGGUUGUUCUUUAAAUAAAGAAAUUGUACAGGAAGAAAACAUUGACAGAAUCAGAACAGAAAGUCAGCAGUCUGGAUCAGAAUGUUCUCCACUUAGUGAAACUAAAGAGAAGGCCCCUUCAGAUGAUGAUAGCUCUCAAAGUAAAACUGUUAGUAGUGUUGUUUUAAAUCACAGAUCAUCAGUUGAUGCUAGUCUUUCAAAAGUUAGCUCUGAUUCCAUUAUUAAUAGCAGUAAAAGCAGUGAAUGCAGUUUCUCUCGUAACUCAUGCUUAUCACAACAUACGAGUGAAGAUACAAUCCCAUUUAUUGAUGAAGAUGAAAUAUAUGUUAGACCAAAUUGUGGUAGAGCCUAUCUAGAUAUUCCCAGUGUUGGUAGUUUUUCCAAGUUAAUAAAUUCUUUUGAUCCAUUUGUUGAUAAAGUGUCAUUAGGAACAGAUGACAGUAGUCCUGAAGGUGAUGUAAAUCUUUUUCCUGGGAACGAAUCUGAUUGUCCGUCUUUUCAAUUAAAUAAUAUCAAAUAUGAAACAAAAGUCUCUAAUUUCUUAAAAAGAAAGGAAAUAGCAGGUACAUGUGUUGAUACUGAAGAUAAACCAUUGCACGAGCUGAGUAAUUGUAUCUUACACAUGAAUAGUGGGCAUUCUAGCAAAACCAUUUUAAAUAACCGAGGAAGUUAUCCAUCUUAUUCAUCAAAAACUGAAUCUGCUUUUUCAGAUUUAAUAGAGGAUGUUUCUGUAGAAAAUACAGAAUCCUGUGAAACCCAGAAAAAAGUUGGUAAAGCUACUGUGGUGCGAAGACCUAGCAUUUCUAAAUUGAAAGCACUAUUUGAAAGAUCAAGUAUUUACAGAAAUUCUACUGAUGGCUCUAAGCGCUCUUUGUUCAGACAUAACUCUCAACAUGUUUCAAGAGCUGGAUCUGCCCCUCCUUCACUUAAUUGUAUGGAUAAAAAUUCAGCACAUGAAAGAGAAUCAAUCCUUAUGAUGGUGACAAGAAAAUUCCGUUCCUCUUCAGUUAGAUCAGAAAGGGAAAUGAAUUCUAAACCACAUGAUAAAUCUGUGCAUAGAAAAUCAGGUACUGGUACGAUGAAGAACUUUAAAGACAGUUUAAAUACAUUGUCAAGGACUGUAUCUUUUAAUUUAAGUAAAACUUUUCAAAGUUAUACACCUUCAAAAUCGAAGGCUGAAAAGUCAGCAACUUCAAUAAAACAUCAUGUUACUUGCAUUAAUGAAACACCACCUUUAGUCAGUUAUAAACCCAAGACACCAGAUUCUGAUCCAAUGGGGAAAUCCAUGUGGUAUGAUAAAUCAUCUUUUCCUCGUGUUGUAGCUAUAGUCAAACCAACUGAAAAAAUUGAUGAUUGCUCUUCCCCUCCUCCUCCUCCUCCUCCUCCCCCUCCCCCUAAAGAUACAGCAAAUAAGCAGACUAUAGAAAAGGAUAAGCAUAAUGAUCUACUCUCUACUUGUAUCAGUAAACCUCCCAAACUCUUGCCUUUCUUCAGUAAUUUAAAUAAAAAUGAAUGCAAGGAUGUAUCUACAAUGUGGUAUAGUGAAGCAGAUGAUGUGACAACUUCUGAACUUACAGAAAACAAAGCAGUACCAAUUUAUACAAAUUUUGAAUCAUCUACCUUGCAGACUAAGAGCUCUAUUAAAAAGCCUGGUCAUAAGGUGUUGCCAUUUAUACAGUCUAUCACACCUUGGAAGAAAAGUCUCAAAACCCCAUUGAGUAGUCCAGAAAGUCCAAAAAAUUUUGAUGCUAGGGAACCAGAUUCCAAUCUUCAAGUAUGCAAUUCUAAAUUUUAUACAGAAGUUAAAGAUGACCAGAAACUUCCCAAAGUAGCAGCAGAGAUUGAAGAUAUCAAAAAUAUCUUGCCGUGUCCUGUUCCAGAAGAAAUUAUUCCAAUUAAUCCAAAAACUGAAAAAGGGUUUUGGCCUUCUGGUUCUGUGACAUCAACUGGAAAAUCUGACACUAAACAGGAGAAAGUAUUAAUAAAUCAUACUGAACUUCAAGAUAUUUUAACUACAGAAAAGGAGGUAGCUGUGACAGUCACUGAAACAGAUGUGAUUGUGGAACAAAAAAAGUUAGAUUCCAAACAACUGCUUGAACAAUCUGCUGUUACCAUUAAAAAUUUGGAAUCUGAAUCCAAAGACUCAUUAAAAAUGUCAUCACAAAAAUCUGCAAUUUUGAAAGAAAGCAAUGUCAGUGAUAUAACAGUGAUGCCUAAACUAGAAAUUGAUGUUAUUGAAAAGCAGACUACAAUAGAACAUGAUCAACCUCCUGCUAUACCCAAGAAAAUGCUUAUUGGAAAAAAUCGAAAUUUUGAAUUUCAGAACUAUCCAAAAGAAAAGAAAAUUGAAGAUAAUGAUAACUUAUCUGGAGUCCAAAAUUCUUUAUUGUCUAAUGAAACUGGAUUUACUUCAAACGCUUCCAAUUUAACAGUUAACACAAACGCUGCACCAGCAGAAAAAAGUGAUGCUUAUAUUAAUGUCAAUAUUACUGCGAAGAAAAAUAUUGAACAGAUUGAAAAUACUCUGAAGAAAUUUCCUCGUGGUGCAAUUAUUGAUUUGACAUCCAGAGAAUCAUAUUCCAUGGAGGAAGAACUUGCAAAUGCUGUUAAGCAAUUAUCAGAAUCUUCUGAAAAGAAGAAGACAACCAUCUUAAAAAGUCAUUCUAAAUUUCCAGGUUAUGAAGUGAUAUGGCCAGAAGAAAAGUAUUCAGAAAUAAUCCAGCUGCAAAAAUCAGGUGGUGCAGUUUUAUCUCGAGGUAGAAAAAUGCCAGAUGUACCAAAAGCUGAAGCAGAACUUCUAACCAGAGCUAAAACUGGUGUUUGUUAUAGUCCACCUUUAAGACGCAGUUGUAACUCAGUAUUACAUCUUUCAAAAUCUCAAUCUUGCUCUAGCUUAAAUUGGCAUGAACCAGAUGAUAUAAUAGAAGCAUCUACAGAACAGACAGUAACUGGCACUAAGAAACUUGUGGAUGAAGCUGCCGUAGAAUUAAAUGCACUUCUUAAUCAACUAACAUCUAAAACAUUAACAGAAGAUAAUAAUUUUGUUUCUGAUGUGAAAAAUGAUUCUCACGGUGUACCAGCACUGGUAACAAAUAAUAAUAUUUCAUUUACAGAGCAAAGUAAUAAGGAAAGUAUGAUGGUCCAUUCUGUAACUUUAGUCUCUAAAUCAUCAGCUGUAGAUAGCUGUGCGAAGGAAGAAGAGAUAAUUUUUCAUUUUCCUCCACCCCCACCUUUACCUCCUCCUCCAGAUAAUGAUCAGCCAUCAGAAAGUUUUAAUAUAAUAUGCAAGAAUGGCUCAUUGAUUGUAUCAGAGUCUAAUAUAAAUAAUGCAUCAGCAGCAAAUGGUUCAAGUGCCAGAAAUGCAGAUAGUCUGAAAGGUAAAUCAGAACAAAAUUUUCCUAAACCAUCCCCACGAAAAAGUAAGCAGGUUGGUGCUUUACAACGAUCUGCUUCUUACACUAUGCUUUCUAUUCCACAAAAAGUUACCAAAGGCUAUGAAAAUAUAUUUUUAGAUAAAUAUCAAACCAUAUCACAUCUUCAGGUAAAUUCAAAAGCUGAUAAAAGUAAACAAAACAAUAAAAAAGGAAAUACUAUAGUGCCAAACAUUGAAUCUUCUAGGACAGAGUAUGAACAAAAACUUCCAAAUAAAAUGCCAAAUUAUGUAAAUAUUAAUGAAUUAGUUAAAGUCUCAGAUUUAAAGGUAUAUGAUAGUAAACAAAUUCAAAAUAAUGAUGAUUCACAGUCAGAUCAAAAUGAAUUAUUCAAAUGUCCUCCUCCGCCUGCAGUUAAAAGUACUGUUGUGCAGCAGAGUGAUUCAGAAAGAAGUGGAAUUUAUGGUAAAAUAUGUAAAAUUAAAGAUGGGAAAGUUAAUAUAGAAAAUGCCUCUUUAAAACAGUAUUGUUUUGAUAAUAAAAUUCAUUCAGUUGAGAUGAAAAGGAAAAAUAUUCCUUCAAAAAAAUGCGAACGAGCUCCUUUGCCCCCUGAUAUUAAGUUAAAGCUUGAAGAUUUGCCAAGUAAAAUAACUUCAUCAUCUAAAAAACUUCCUUCCAGGAAACUAGAAAAAGCACCUCUUCCACCACCUUUACUACAAAAAAGUGCUUCUACUAUUGCAGUUCCAAAGAAAAUAUCUAGUUCUCAGCAGUACACAAAUCUUCAUUCAUUACAAUCUCAUCCUUCAGAUGAGCCCUAUAAACUGCCAGCUCUUCGUGAGAAUAUACCUAAUGUCAUGAACUAUCCUGAACCAUCUAAUAGGAAGGCUAUAAAUAAUGAUAUACUUAAAAAGACUUUUUCUGGCCGUGGUUUAUCUCAUUCACAAUCAGAUGUUAGUGUAUAUCGGGCAUUAAAGGAACAAAAAGCUGAGUCUAUGCGCCAAAAACAGAAAGUGUCUGAUAUCAAGCCAGUGCUUAUGAACACUGUGAAACAAACUAGAAAUUUUCCAAGUGUUAGUAGCAGUGAUAGUGAUGGUAGUUAUGAACAUAUCUUUUUGACUAAAUCCACUGAACAACGCUUACCAAAAAUAAAUCUUACUGAACAAAAGGAUCUGAACUCAAUAAAGCAGUAUAGAAAAGAAAUUCCUGUUGCUCCACCGAGAUCAAAAAGGAGAAGUACAAUGGAAAUACAGUAUGCUAAGGUGAAAGCAAAAGAAGUUUCAUCUACUUCCAGUGAUUCAUCCACUACAGAACAACAUAAUCAGUUGAAGAAUUCUAAAAAAGAGGUCGCAAAGUAUUCAGAAUCACCACCAGUUAUACCCUUAAAAACUAAAGAUGCAUUUGAAGUUCCAGAGAGUUUUAGGGUAAAGGGAAAUAGUUCAGAGAAGGGUUGAUUUGCAUAUAUCCUAUAGAAAGCUCGGUUUUAAUGAUGUAUGAAGAUGGCCUGAUGCUUGACAAACAGCAAUUGUACUUAAUUUAUUUUUCCUCCAGUGCAUUUGAACAAGCAUUUUUAUUCAAUUUUUUAACCUGGUGAUAAAUGUUAUGUGAUGUGAUGUGAUGCCUUACAUAUAUAACUUAUUAUAUUAAGGUGAAAAUACUGUUGCUAGAUCUGAGAUUUCGUUAUUAAAUUACAUAAAUAAAUAAAA